AUGGGAAAGAACCAAACUCUCGGCGCGCGCGCCUGUGUGAAUAUGUCAGAGACCUCCUCCACAUCCCAAGGCGAAUCAAGCACCCUCCAAGGAUCAGCCGCCCAGCCGUUAAAUAGAUCCUGCGAGUCUUGCCGGAGUCUCAAGGUCCGCUGCCUCCCCAGCCCAACCACGUCUAACCAAUGCCAGCGAUGCGCCAAGGGCAAGCGAUCCUGCGUCUUCGUGGCGCCGCAGAGACGGCGGCCCCGGAAGCGGACGGAUUCGCGCGUUGCACAGCUCGAGAAGGAGAUGCGGAUGAUGCGUUCGCUGUUGAAAAAUCGCAUCCCCGAGGAAGAGGAACCGGAUUCCAGUGACGACAGCGACGGGGACGAUGUUCAGGAUGAAUCGGCCGAUACGGACGCUAAGAGCACUCUCGCAUUGCGGGACAAUUCGACUCACUCGUCCGAGGAUGUCCGUUAUAUGGAUUGUUCCCCUGAAUUGCUAAAUACCCCGCACUCCGGCGUGCAUGGUAGUGGCGGCUUUUCAGCGCCCCCGAUUUUCACGGAUAUGCCGGCUCGCCAUGAAUCGCUGCAGGAGAGGCUUCCUCCGGCGGACGACGUGAUCGAUCGGGGAAUUCUCUCCCUCGAAGAUGCGGAGCAAUUGGUGGCGUAUUUCAUUCACGAACUUGCAUUUUUCUUUCCAUUGGUCGUCUUGCCUUCGAACACCACGGCAGCUCAACUGCGACAAACAAAGCCAGUCCUCUUUCUCUCCGUGAUUGCUGCGACAUCCAUAUCCGUCGACGCAGGAUUGGCAACCGUGUUGAACCGUGAGAUGGUUCGCCUCUAUUCUGAGAGGUUCUUCAUCGAGGGCGAAAAAUCACUUGAGCUAGUGCAAGCGCUGCUGCUGAUGAUCAUACAUUAUUUCCCGCCCGCCUCGCCUUUGAAGCUGCAGAUUUAUCAGUACACGCACAUCGCCUCGACGAUGGCGUUAGAAAUUGGGUUAGCUAAUAAACGUCGUGUCUCGAAAAAGUCCGAUCGCAAAAGCAGCAAGCAUGACGAGCUGCUAGCUGAGCAGGCGAGGACAGUUCUCGGCUGCUACCAUCUCGGUUCAAGCGUUGCGAUGAAAACCCGUCGCCCAAAUAUGCUCCAGUUCAACGACUGGAUGACAGAGUCUCUCAAACACCUAGAAAACUCGCCGCAUCGAACAGAUCAACAUGUAGCGACAUGGUUCGAGCUCCAACGAAUAACCGACGAAGCAAUGUCCUCAUUCGGUCUAGACGACACCAGUACCACAUCACCCUUAACCGAGUCGCGGGUCCAAGCCGUGCUACGCUGGUUCGACAAGCGGCUCGAGACGUGGAAGAAGAACAUUCCACCAGAUAUGCUGACCGUCCCCAUGAUCCUCGAAUACCGCUACACAGCACUAGCAAUGUACGAACUGGGCGUAGGAGAAGGCUACCGCGACCCAGACGCCAUAAAGCGACGAUAUUUCACGCUGCCGACCCUCGAUGGAGAGAACAACAGUGGCAGCGAAGCACCGGACGCCCCACUCAGCGCAAUCCGCAUCGACAUCAAGGUGAAAUGGAUGAACGCCGCACAUGAGUUGCUAGACGCCGUGCUGGUUUGCAGCACGGACACUUUGCGUAAACUCCCGAAUCUCACAUACACUCGGUUCGCGAUGGCCGUGACAUCCCUGCUGAAAAUACACUUCUCCGUGCGAACCGGUGCUCUCGGGGAAGUCGUCACGGCACAGGCCGUGAAUGUGGCUUUCUAUCUCGAUGCCUUAGCCAGAAAGCUAAGCGAGGCCAGUGCCGGGGGCAAAUACCUUAUCCCCAGUCGGUGGUAUCAUGUCGUGGGUGUUAAGGGCCAGGAUUGGUAUGACCGGCUGGAGAGGCGCCAAAAUGGAGGGAUAGUAGCUGGUUCUCAAGUCGUAUCGGAAAGCCCGCCGAUCGGCACCACAAAAUCGAUCCCAGCAUCACACCCUACCCAAAACCAAAACCAAGUGCAAGUGCAAGACACACAUUUGGAUCAGGUCCCAGCAACGAUGGACUCCUUCCCCGGCGUACCCAUGCCCCCAAUGCCGCCGGCGAUAGACGGGUACGUAGCGAUGGGCGGUGCGGGCAUGUGGGCCAUGGACGGCGGGAAUAACCCGAAUUUCUACGCCAUGAGCGCGGCGGGCUAUCAGCCCUCGGUGACGCAUGCGCAGGCGAUGUUGCCACCUCAGUUUGCCUACGAGCCGCAGAGGAUGCCGGUUAGUGCUGCUGGGCAGCAUAUGGCUAGGGCGGGCAUGGAGUUGGAUGGGUGGCUUCCUGAUGGGAGUAUCUUUGGGAUGCAGCCUUUGCCUGAAUUUUGA